AGACAAAGUCGACAGUCAAGUAGUCUGCCCCUUCCUGAUUUAUUUUUUUAUUUUUUUUUUUUUCAACAACACAGCUGACAACACAGCUUCAAUGCCACCACACCACGUAGACUUUUGUUUGUAUGAAUACAGACAGACACAACUUGUCUCUUCAAUAAAAUUUAAAAAUUAUAUUGCUUUUGCUUUUGUAUUUUUUAAUUAUAAAAAUUGUUAUCAGUGUGAUUAGUGCUGUGCUUUUAUAUAUUAUUAAAAUAAAUAAAAAUGUUACGUUUGUGUUUAUCCCAAUGGAAAAUCCAAAAUUCAAUGAGAAAAAAAGUUAAAAUAUUUAUCAAUCCUUUGAUAGAUAAUUACAAAAAUAAUAAAAAUAAAAACAUUCGAGAAUAUGGAACAGAAAAAUUGUAUAAUAGUCGUUCAUUUAUUGAUGAAAAAAAAAUAUUUCAUUCACCUCAUGGAGAUGUUGAUCUACUUGAUGGAUCAUAUUUACAUGAAAUUAUUUGGAGAGAUGUUGAUAAAUGGUGGAACAAAACAGCAGUGAUUUGUUCCAUGACCGGAAGAUCAUACACUUAUGGACAAUUAAGAAGACUGAGUGGACGUUUUGCAACAUCAUUAAGAAAAUUAAAUGUCAAACCUGGUGAUACAGUUGCUAUUGUAUUACCAAAUAUUCCUGAAUAUCCAAUUGUCUCAAUGGGUGCAAGUGAAGCUGGAAUUAAACUUACUCUGAUAAAUCCAUCCUACACUGCCAGAGAAAUAAAUAUGCAGUUGGAAAAUUCAGAGACAACGCUUGUCGUUACAGUACCAAGCAAGUAUCCAGUUGUUGCUCAAAGCAUCAUUGGAGUAAAAUCAAUAAGACUUCCAGUUGUUGUUAUUGAUGAUUUAAGUGGUCCAACACCAUCAGGUACUAUUAAAUUUAAUGAACUCGUUGCUGAUAGUGUUGUUGAGUUUGAAAAAACAGAUGAAAAAACUGAAAUUGAUGCAGCAAAUGAUACUGUCAUUUUGCCAUAUUCAAGUGGUACAACUGGUCUUCCAAAAGGUGUUGAAUUAACACACAGAAAUAUUGUCUCGAAUUUAGCACAAUUUAGUCAUAAAAGUGUUUCGGUAUUAGAACAAGCUACUGAAAAUUAUCAAGAUGUCACAGUAUUUUUUUUACCUCUCUAUCAUAUUUAUGGGUUUGCAGUUUUUUAUCACAGUCUGAGCAAUGGAGGAAAAAUUAUAACAAUGCCAACAUUUACGUCAAAUGAUUUUUUAAAAAUCUUGGAAGAAAAUAGAUUGUCAAUUAUUUUUGUUGCACCACCAGUUCUCCAGUUGAUGGCAAAUGAUGAACGAUUUAAAAAACAACACAUGAGUGGACUCAGAAGAAUGAUGAGUGCAGCAGCACCAGCUGGUGAAGAAGUUGUUGCUAAACUUCGAGCUAGACUUGGAGAAUCAUUUUUAUUUUUUCAAGGCUAUGGUUUAACAGAGGCAUCACCAUUAAUUACAGUUGGAAUUGAUAGUCCUGUAGGAUCUGUAGGAAAAAUAUUUCCAAAUACUAAAAUAAGAAUUGUUAAAAAAAAUAAUGAAGAUGAUGAUAAUGAUGAUGGUACUGGUGAGAAUCUAAGUGUCAAUGAAAUUGGUGAGAUACAAGUAAGUGGACCCCAGGUGAUGAAAGGAUACUUUAAAAAUUCCCAAGCAACUUCAGAAACAAUGGAUGGCAAGUGGCUAAAAACUGGAGACCUAGGAAGUAUUGAUAACGAUGGAAAUUUAACAAUAAAUGGACGUUUAAAAGAACUUAUAAAAGUCAAAGGAUCUCAAGUGUCACCACCAGAACUUGAGGAUAUUCUUCAUAGUCAUGAUAAAGUUGCUGAUGUUGCUGUUGUUGGUGUACCUCAUGAACGUUUUGGAGAAAUUCCAAAAGCAUUUGUUGUUGCUAAACAAGGAGUACAAAUAAAUGAAGAUGAAAUUAAAAAAUUUGUUGCUGAAAAAGUUGCUGAUUAUAAGCAACUUGGUCAUGUUGAAUUUAUUGAUCAAAUUCCAAAAAAUCAAGCUGGUAAAAUUUUAAGAAAAAAUUUACAAAAAAUGUAAUUUUAUUUAUUUUUUAAUAUAGAAAAAAUUAUUUUAAAAAAAUUAAGUGAAAAAAAGAGAGUUUAUAUAUUAUUUGUACUGCCAGCAUUUUUAAAACUAAAUCACUACAAUAAUAAAAAUUAUAAAAUAAAUUGCACUCUAAUUUUAAAAAAAUCUGUUGUUUAUUUUUUUUUUCUUUUUACGAACUCAGUCUUAUUAUUAAAAUAAAUGCUUUUUAAUCGAAAAAAAAAAAUAUAUAUUAUCAUAUUUAUAAUUCAGGCCAGCACAAAGGUGCAAAUAACAAUUUGUUUGUGUCUCUUUUGUUGGGGAGCUUGAUACCACUUGAUACUCAAGCGCAUGCUCCUUAAAUUAUAAAAAAUAAAAUAAAAGAGUGGAAAUACUGAUAACAUACACGAGAAAUAUUCAAACAACAAUCUUGUAUCAUUCGCAAAACCAACAACACUCAUUUUCAUUUUAUUUUCAAGCUCAAAGUUCAUUAUAUUUUUAUUGUAAAUAAUUUUAAAAGUUAAUAAAAUAUCAACAAGUGUCUAUUGAUAAAUUUACAAAUAAUCAAAUAAUUAUAUUUAUCUAUCCAAUAAUUAGUUUAAUUUAUAUUCAUAAUUUUAGUUGGUAAAAGUAACAUACUUGAUUGAAAACGUCUUGAAAAAAAAAUAUUGCCAGUAAAUUAAUAUUUUUAUCUUUUCAAAAAUCAAUCAAGUAUAAAUUUAUAAAAAAUAAAAAUAAAAUAAUAUUAUAGUCAAAAAAUGUUUCGCUUGUGUUUAUCACGGUUCAAAGUUCAAAAUUCAUCAAAAAACAAUAUUAAAAUAUUUGCAAAUUAUGUUAAUUGUAUUGGUGAAAAUUUAAAUAAAAAAAAAUAUUCAACACAAUUAAAACACAAAAUACCAGAAAGAAA